GGAAGUAGCGUCUCUCAAUUUCAAUGAGCAGGGCCCCGGCGUGACAUUCACCGGGUUGUCAGUGUCGAGGGGGGGGUUGCGUAAAAGAAGGACCACGACAACCCUAAGUCCAACUAAACAGUUGUCAAAAUGAGAGUACUCAAAGCGGGCCUUGCUUUGGGGAAAACGCAUCUUUUGGCACCAGGAAGCGUCACUCUCAAAAAGUUGCUCAUUAACAGCUGUCGGGCAUGUUCAUCCGGGAUCUUUCCCAACGAAAGGAUCCGAAACAUCGGGAUCUCAGCUCACAUCGACUCGGGGAAGACCACCCUGACCGAGCGUGUCCUCUACUACACCGGCAAAAUAUCAGAGAUCCACGAGGUGAAGGGGAAGGACGGGGUUGGGGCCACCAUGGAUUCUAUGGAACUGGAGAGACAGAGGGGGAUCACCAUCCAGUCAGCUGCAACAUACACCGUGUGGAAGGAGCACAACAUCAACAUCAUUGACACACCAGGUCACGUGGAUUUCACCAUUGAAGUGGAGCGAGCGCUGCGAGUGCUGGACGGAGCUGUUCUGGUUCUGUGUGCUGUGGGUGGAGUCCAGUGUCAGACCAUGACGGUAAACAGACAGAUGAAACGCUACAACGUCCCCUUCCUCACCUUCAUCAACAAGUUGGACCGCAUGGGCGCCAACCCCAGCCGAGCCCUACAGCAGAUGAGAACUAAGCUGAACCACAAUGCAGCCUUUGUGAGCAUCCCCAUCGGCCUGGAGGGAAACGUAAAGGGCAUCAUUGACCUUGUAGAGGAGCGGAGCAUGUACUUUGACGGACCUUUUGGUCAAAGUAUCCGCUAUGAUGAGAUCCCGGCAGAUUUCCGGGCGGAAGCUGCAGACAGAAGACAGGAGCUGGUGGAGUGUGUUGCUAAUGCUGAUGAGACGUUGGGAGAGAUGUUCUUGGAGGAAAAGGUCCCGACGAAUGCAGAUUUGAAGGCUGCGAUCCGCAGGGCCACAGUGCAGCGUCUCUUCUCUCCGGUGUUGGUGGGCACAGCUCUGAAGAACAAAGGAGUCCAGCCUCUCCUGGACGCCGUCCUGGAUUACCUGCCCAACCCCACCGAAGUUAAGAACUACGCAAUCCUAAAUGAAGAAAACUCCAGUGAAGCAAAAAAGAUUGAAAUGGACCCAACAAGAGACUCUGAGAAGCCUUAUGUUGGUCUGGCCUUCAAACUGGAGGCAGGGAGAUUCGGCCAGCUGACGUAUGUGCGCGUAUACCAGGGCUGCCUGAGGAAGGGGGAGUACAUCUACAACACACGCACGGGCAAAAAAGUCAGAGUUCAGAGGCUCGUCUGCCUCCACGCUGACCAGAUGGAGGAUGUUGACGAGGUUUACGCAGGAGAUAUUUGUGCUCUGUUUGGGAUCGACUGUGCCAGCGGAGACACGUUUACAUCCCGGACCAGUGCUAACCUCUCCAUGGAGUCCAUUCAUGUCCCAGAGCCUGUUAUUUCCAUGGCGAUGAAGCCCGCAAACAAGAACGAUCUGGAUAAAUUCUCUAAAGGUAUUAACCGAUUCACAAGAGAAGAUCCAACGUUCAGAGUGCAUUUUGACACGGAGAGCAAAGAAACCAUCAUCUCAGGGAUGGGCGAGCUGCAUCUUGAAAUCUACUCCCAGAGGAUGGAGAGGGAAUACAACUGUUCCUGUGUGAUGGGAAAACCCAAAGUGGCGUUCAGAGAGUCCAUCACCGGUCCUGUAUCGUUCGACUUCACUCAUAAGAAGCAGUCCGGCGGCUCCGGGCAGUACGGUAAAGUUAUGGGAGUCCUUGAGCCUCUUGAACCAGAGCAGUACACCAAGCUGGAGUUUGAAGACCAGACCGUCGGAACCAACGUCCCCAAGCAGUUUGUACCGGCUGUAGAAAAGGGCUUCAGAGAUGCUUGUGAGAAGGGACCCCUGAGCGGGCACAAAAUCUCAGGAGUCCGAUUCCUCCUGGAAGACGGAGCAAAUCACAUGGUGGACUCCAACGAGAUCUCCUUCAUCCGAGCAGGAGAGGGCGCUUUAAAACAAGCCAUGGAGAAGGCCAACGCGACCAUCUUGGAGCCGAUCAUGUCGGUGGAAAUCGUGGCGCCUCAGGAGUUUCAGGGAACAGUGAUCGCUGGUGUGAACCGUCGGCACGGAGUCAUCACAGGACAGGACGGAGCUGAGGGAUACUUCACUCUAUACGCUGAUAUUCCACUAAACGACAUGUUCGGCUACGCUACAGAACUCCGCUCCUGCACAGAGGGAAAAGGGGAGUACACCAUGGACUACAGCAGAUACCAGCCCUGCCUGCCAGCCACCCAAGAGGAACUGAUCCACAAAUACUUGGAGGCUACGGGGCAGCUGCCUGCAAAGAAGAACAAGUGGAAGAGCUGAAAACUAUUGAACUCUGACAUGAACACCUUCCCUCUCCUCCCCGCCCAUCCUUUUACUGUAGCUCGACAUUUUUUGAGCUGUGAAAAAAAACAAAAACGUUCAUAUUCUAGAUUUUACUUCCCAAGUUAAGCUGCUGUUUCCCUCAUGUUUUAACCCUGUGGACGAACAUAUUUAUUAUCUUUGUUUUCAGCACAAUCUGACCUCUCAGUUCUGCAGUCAGCAUUUGUGAAAGUGGUGAAAAGCUCUGCGUUGUGACUUUUGUACUAUGUACAGAAAGGAGUUGAUGUAAAGAUGAAAGCAACAAACAUA